UUGGGUCUUGUUUGAUAACUGUGUGGUUUGAUAGUGCAAAGUUGUAAUAAGAUCAAAUAAAUUUAAAUUAUUUAAUUAGAUUGUGAUCCAUGUAAAUAAACUUCGUAUUAAUUUAUUUAAAGAUUGUAUAUUUUGACUUGAAAUUAUUAGUUCGAUUCCAUUAGGCAUUGGUUAUAUCUCUACCACUUCUACUAUGCCAUUAUUAUUGUCUUCUACACAGGUUCCAUAAGAUUCAUAAUUUUGUUCGGUUUUUCUUAAAAUCAAUAAAUUUCACUUUGCAUCAUAUUAUCACUAAUGAAUCCAACCCGAUCAACCAAUGUUCGGCGAUAUGAGGAAUCAAGAUCUGCUCGUAAUGAAGACCAUGAUGUUUAUUCAAUUUUACGUUCAAGGACCGAAGAAGAAAAACAAAGACGUAGACGUGAAUGGCAACGUCAACAAGAACGAGAAAGGCAACAUGAAAAAUUAAAACAAGAAAAGAUUAGAGAAUUAGAUGGGUCUACAAGUGGGUCACUACCUUUGUUUAAAGGUCCUGAGGGUAUACAGAUUAGUACUACGGAACUACGUCGAAUUAAAGUUGAUAUUCACAGGAAUAUUCCUACAAAAGGACCUAUUGUUACUGAACUACAACGAAGUAUACUUAAUGCCGAAGAUGUAGUCCUCAAGAGAAGAGAUGGAGAAGGAACUAAACCAAUAUUCGACCGAGAAGAAAUAAAAAAAGCUGUAACCAAAACUAAUGAAGUAGAGGAGCGUCGUACGGUUGUAGCUGUAGAUGGGGAGCAGUCAGUUUUGAGUAAGCCGCAAACUUCUAAAAAACGUUCGUCGAGUCCUACUUAUAGUCCCGGAUAUCUAUCUUCCCAUCAAUCCAGGUAUCGUACGGAUUUAAAACGUCAAGAUAACAGGACAGAAUUCCGUGAUCAUCAAAAUAACGGAUUUCUAUGUUUCAGAAGAAGUAGCAUAGAGAGGCACAGAGAAUAUAAAGAGAAAUAUGCAGAAAGAGAUGCACAUAAAUACAAUACUAAUCGAUCACGUUCUAGAGAACGGGAUUCAGGCAAAUCACAUUCCAGAUCGAUGAUGGAAGAAAGAUCUUAUCGUGACAGAUAUCGUGACAGAUCAAGCGAACAUUCUCGUGAAAAAAGAGAUAGAGAUAAAGAUAGAGAUAGAGAUAGAGAUAGAAAUAGAGAUAGAUCGAAAGAACAUUCUCGUGAAAGAAGAGAUAGAGAUAGAGAUAAAGAUAGAGAUAGAGAUAGAGAUAGAGAUAGAGAUAGAUCGAAAGAACAUUCUCGUGAAAGAAGAGAUAGAGAUAGAGAUAAAGAUAGAGAUAGAGAUAGAGAUAGAUCGAAAGAACAUUCUCGUGAAAGAAGAGAUAGAGAUAGAGAUAGAGAUAGAGAUAGAUCGAAAGAACAUUCUCUUGAAAGAAGAGAUAGAGAUAGAGAUAGAGAUAGAUCGAAAGAACAUUCUCGUAAAAGAAGAGAUAGAGAUAGAGAUAGAUUGAAAGAACAUUCUCGUGAAAGAAGAGAUAGAGAUAAAGAUAGAGAUAGAGAUAAAGAUAGAGAUAGAGAUAGAGAUAGAGAUAGAGAUAGAUCGAAAGAACAUUCUCGUGAAAGAAGAGAUAGAGAUAAAGAUAGAGAUAGAGAUAGAGAUAGAGAUAGAGAUAGAGAUAGAUCAAAAGAACGAAGAGAUGUAACACCACAUUAUCUCGAACCUCCAAUACACGUGCCUAUCUAUUAUAAUCUGCCUCCGAGACCAAUUGUAGUAGGCCCUAUGGUUCCAUUUAGAGGACAGGUUCCUCCUAUGGGAAGAGGUCGACAUGUAAUGGCACCAGUUAGACCAUUUCCUCCACGAUUUAUUCCUCCGGAUUUGUACAGAUUAGGACCUCCACCCCCAAAUCCACGAUAUGGACCAUUUUAAGACAAUAAAAUAAUCUUUAUGUUCAUAUUAUAA